AUGAAGUCAGUACACCAUUCUACCAACAACAAUAGUGGUAGAAACAAUAUAAUUACCAACAAUAACAAUAACAACAGCAACGGUAGCAAUAACAAUAACAAUAACAUUAGCACAAACAAUACAAGUAGAAUUAAUAAUAGUAAUUCAAUUACUCAGAAUAUUAACAUUAAUAAUAAUAGCAAUAACAAUGCUAAUAAUAUACCUUCUUUUUUAACAAUACCAUCUACUUUUAAAGAAGUAAGACAACAAACUAAUAGUAACAACAACAACAGCAACAAUAGCAACAGCAGUUCUAGUAAUGAUAAUAUUAGUAAAGAGUUGGUUGAAAAUUUAAUUACAAUAUGUUUAAAUAUGAUUGAAUCUAUUGGUAAACUAUUGGUAGAGUUUAGAUCGAAUCUUUUAAGUGAUAGUGAGUUCUCAGAGUUGAACAAUACCUAUCUGUUUAUAAAGACAUCGUUACAGCUUUACAAGUCGAUAGUUAUCAAUCUGGAGGAAGCAGAGUAUCAAAAGCAAAUCAAUCAGAUCACAAUAGGCAAUAGAGAUGUAUGCUAUCAGAUCAGUAUCAGCAGAAUUCAUACACUCUUGAAUCAGCUGCUUAGUUCAUUAACCGAGAUGAAGUCAUUACAACACAGUAAAUCGCUGUCUAGAGAUCAGCUGUCACAAAUCAUUGCAACCAUACUGAAGAACGAUUCACUAGUGAAGCAAUCGGUUGACCAGCAUCUUGCUCUCUUUCCAGUGGCUGACAACAAUGAUACAACCAAUAAAAACAACAACAAUAGUAAUAAUAGUAAUAGUAAUGACAAUCAACAUUCAACAUUAAGUAAUAAUGAAGAAUCAAAUUCACUUCAAUUAUUAUCAGCAGAAGCACAAGAAAUGUGGAAGAAAAGAUUUGGAAAGAAUAUUAUAUUUAUUCAAUGGUCACACUUUUUUGAGAAAUUACAAACAUUCUUGAAUGUUAAAGCAUCGGACUAUGAAGUUAAUCUCAAGCACAUAAUAGAUUUCACACAGGAUAGCUUUGUUAGUACAUAUAAAUUCUCAACGUUUUUGAAAUGGUUUGGUCCAUUAUCGAAAUCACUAAACAAUGUAAUCGAGACAAUCGAAGCAAAGACAAUGAGUGGAUUCAUUUCUGGUGUGGAGGCAACCAGAUUCUUGGAUAAGAAAUCAGCUGGUCACUAUAUCAUUAGAUUCAGCAAGACAUAUCCAGGUGCCUUUGCUGUAACAUUUGUCGAGAAUUCCUGUAACAUUAGACACUGCCUGCUCUAUCCAGUCUCCAAUGGACUGACUCUACUUCAACCACCCGAUGUAUUUAGUAAUCUCACAGAGUUUGUCAUUAGUUUUUCGUCGAAGCUAAAGUAUGCCAUUGGACCUGUCGACGCUUCAUUAUUCCCUCCUCAUUCCCCUAUGAUUCAAUCUCCAGAGGGUCAGCCAAACAAUGAACCAUUGACUAGCAUCCCCCCUCCAAUAACAACUACUACUACUACUACUACGACUACUAGCUCAACAAUCAACAACAACAACAACAAUGUACAAAAUCAACAACUUUUAAGACCGGACCAGCAUCUCAAUGUUAAAUCACGACACCAAAGAGAUGGAAGUAACAAUAGCAAUGGAAGUACCAACAGUCAGCUCAGCAGCGAGAGCAGUGGCGACAAGAUACCGACCAUCAACUUCAACAAUGGAAGUAGUAGUCCACCGAUGGACGAACAAGCAGAUGGCACUGUUGUACUUUCGAGCUCACCGAAUGCCAAUUUCAUCAGCGAGGCAUUCCUUUCGAGAUCACCAGUUAAAUCAUCACCUGCAAGCACAUCGGCUGGAUCGAGUUCUCCAGUUGCACAAAUAAAGAAAAAGAAAAAGAAAGAGAAAGAACACCAUCAUCAUCAUCAUCAUAAAACAAAAGAGGUAGUCGAAGGCGGAUUGAGUGACAAAGAUCUAUGUGUAGUUUGUAUGGACAACCCAAUUAAUACAGUAUUUUUAGAAUGUGGACAUCUUAGUUGCUGUUCCAAAUGCUCUGGUAAACUCAAGAUUUGUCCAUUAUGCAGACAAAACAUUUCGAGAGUAAAUUUAUAA